AUGGUUUCCACAAGAGAGUCACCGUUGUCGUCACCUCCGAAAUCACCUUCGGAUCAAUUAAGCUUUUUACUGCCGCAACCAACGCUUGAUGCCCAUGCUGGAACUGAUUACCAGGCCAAAUUGCUUAAUCGUGAGGAAAUACUGGACGACGAAGAUAGUAUGGACUCUGAAGAAGAAGAAGACGACGGCGCCGAGGCAAAUGGAGGUGCUGAAAACAUCAAUAUACACAGUUAUGAUGCAAUAAAUGCCAACGGUAAACACAAUGGUGGAGCCAGCAGUGUGAACAGCAAUGACAAUGAAGACCAAGUUCGUGAAUAUAAUCCAGUUUCCGCAACCCAUACACUAAGUCGACGUUUAACUAAAUCAGAUGCAGAAUCCCUUGUUGGUGGUGAUUCGAUCAAAGAUGUUCAUGAUGAAUACGAAGCCGACAAGAAUAGAGCCCACCCCACUGCUGACCCUGAUCAGCCUACUGAAGAUCAGGAAGUUAAAAUUGGUGAUCAUACAUUCACCGAUAACAAGAUGAAGCAAUACAACCCCCAGCAAAAAGUGUUUUCAUUUUCUUUACCAUUUGGUGGUGGGUUUUCAUCACUACGAGAAAACUUGACUAGGCAUCUAAGUCUGUUGAAAAAGAUUGAUGUACCUUUUGUUGGACACGAGAAUGACCACAAGAUUGAUGAAGAACUACAUCGUAAAGUUGAACAACGAUUACAACGCCAACAAUCAAUUAGCACUAUUGACGAAGAAAACUAUUUCAAGGGGUUCAAGGGGGUAGAUGGUGGUAGAUCAGAAGCCGUUAGACAUGCAAUAACAUCCAACUUGACUGAGUUGAUCCCACACAAGAACAAAAAGGAAUUGGCUGAUUACGAAACCAUAUAUGAUCGAAUUGAUGGAAAUAUUGUCAUCAUGGGAGGUUAUAGAGGGUCCAUUCUUCGAGAUGCCAAGACUCAUAAACGUGUGUGGAUUCCAUUGAAAGCUGGAUUUAAUUUACGCAAAAUCAAUCUUCUCUUGGGACCAAAUAAGGAAGAUGAGUUGAAUGCCGAAGAUAAAAUCUAUCCCGAUGGAAUACUAUCUCAUAUUGGACCCAUCGAUAUUUGUCGCAAACUUAUCAAGAAACUAGAUGCCAACCCAAAAGUCAAUAUGCAAGAGUUUGGCUACGAUUGGCGUCUAAGUGGUGAUUAUGUGUCUCAAAAAUUGGAGCGAUUCCUAGCCAAGAUUUAUCAAGAAACUGGUAAACCCACAUUGGUGAUUGCACAUUCCAUGGGCGGAUUAAUGGUUCAUGGGGCAGUACAAAGAAACCCCAAAUUGUUUCGAUCGGUUGUGUAUGUGGGCUCUCCCAGUGAAUGUUUAAACAUUCUUGGUCCCAUAAGAUUUGGUGAUUCGGUUUUGCUAUCAGACAAGAUCUUGACAUUUGAAACUAAUUUCAUGAUGAGAUCGAGUUUCAUCUUUUUACCACUAAGUGGGGAAACUUUUUAUAAUUACAAAACAAAGGAAAAAUACAAGAUUGAUUUUUUCAAUCCUGAAUCUUGGAUUGAGUAUAAUUUAAACCCCUUGGUUUCAGAAAAGAGGAAAUUGGAAGCUGAAGCUAAAUCCAAAAAGUUGAAGGAUAAAGACAAUCUGGUGGGGAGAACUUUGAGUAUGUCAAGUCUUGGAUCAACCAAAUCUCCCUCGCCUCCUUCAUCAGUCACUUCAUCAUCAACCUUUCCUAGUAUCAACCUGAUUAGUUCGAAAUUUUCUAAAAUGUAUCGAUCAUCAUCAUUGAAAAAGAGCAAAACCAGUGCUGAUUCAGCAGCAUCAGUACCUAUAUCGUCGUCUUCAUCGUCAUCUACUCCUCCACCACCAUCAUCCAAAGGCACGACUGCUUCCGAACCUCAACCACCGGCAGCAACUACCUCGGUACCUGGCGUGGACUCCACUGGCAAUCAAUCAACACCACACCCGGACCACUAUUCAUUCACAUUUGCUGAAGCAUAUCGCUACUUGAGUGAAACCCUCGAAUCAACCAAGAAAUAUAUACUUUCACUAGAACACGAUCCCAAAUUAGCUGCAGAGUACCCACCAAUGGCCAUAGUCUACGGCAACAAGAUCCCCUCAGUACGAGGAUCCUUGGUGCGUCUGAGACAAGAUAUAAAAGAUGGAAAUUAUUACGAAUUCUUUUAUGGACACGGUGAUGGAGUCAUUCAUCAAAAAUGGCUCAUGCCGGAGAAAAAGGGGUUUACAUUUUAUGAUAAACAUACAGGUACGGGAGAAAUUGUCGGCAAGUUUGCUAGUGAUGCCGCUCAUGUUGGAUUAAUGACUGAUUUCGAUACCAUGGGUAAAGCUUUAAAUGCAGUGUUUGAAGCGGAGAAGUGUUGGGAACAAAAGAAACUAAAGCAAAAGAGAAUGAUGAACCAGAAACUAGAUUAG